AUUCUGGUGUGUAUACUUCUUCAUUCAAAAAAGAAAAAAAAGCUUUAGUUUAAUCCCUGUGGUCUGCCACAGGACUGUGGUGUGGAAGAGAUUUCAAGGGAAAGAAGGUUUUUUUUUUGACAUGUUAAAACUCAGUGGUAGAUGAAGACUUUAAAGUCUUGGCAGUUUGCUUUGUGAGGUAUGAAGAAGCGGCAUUCUUUUCAUGCAUCUUCAGUGAAGUACUGCUGCUUGCUCGGUGGAAUAAAGAAUUGGAAUAAAAUAAGUUUAUGUUUUUCCAGAUUUGAAGGUUAGAGGCAGUGAUGUGACUAUUGGAACCAAAAAAUGGAUCUGUACAGAGCACUUGUUUGGCACAUGGUUUUCCAUUCUGCUCCAAUAGACUUCUCUCCCAAGUAAAACAAAUAACUGAAAUUCCAAAUAGGAAAUCAGGAGGGAAAUGGUAGUUUUGCACCAUCUGUAUUGCUUCAUGUUUAAGGAAUCACAGCACUUCUCACCAUGCAUUUCUUGUGUAGUGAAUGUGCCAGCAAUUAAAAAUUCCAUGGUAUGUCAGCAAUGCACCACUUCCGAAACUGUGCACAGGAUGAAGAACUGUUCUGUUCAGAGAGCCUCCCAGGAGAGCAGUAUUCAGUGUUGAUCUGUUGGCGAUGCCCAUUCAGGACUGCCUUAAGGAUGGGGCAAUAAGUUUGUGUUCUCUUCACAGAUGCUGCCUGCUGCCCAUGGCUUUCAGGGAUGUGAAUGCAAGAAGACAUAUUGGACUUCAGCAGCUUUCAUCCUUAGCCCUAGCUGGAAGAACAUUACUGGGGCCAAUGAAAUCAUGUAAAUUCAUUGUGGAUGAAAGCACCAACCAAAGCACAUUGAUUUGCUCUGCUUUUAGACUGAUUGAAAGUUUGGAUUUAACCAGUGCUGCUGGACAGCUUCUAAAUGAAACCAUUCAGGCACAUAACAAAGAGUUUAAGACUGGGAUGAGUACCCUAUGUUUUCUUGCUGGUGCGUGGAGCAGUGCUGUGCUGGAGUGCCUCCAGCAGAAUGUUCCUGUUUCAGCAAUAGUAUCUGUGAUGUCUGAAGGAUUGAACUCUUGCUGUGAGAGAGUCCAAUGUCUUCAAAGAUCAAUACAUGAUGUCAGUAAAGAGCUGUGUCCUAGCAGCUUUCAAAGCAAAGCUUGCCAAAUCGGAUGUGGCAGUCGUCUAAAUCUUCAGAUUUCCUGCUAUUUUCAAAAAGAGAUUUCUGCACCAGAAAAAGUUUCAAUAAACUCUCAUUCCCAUCGAGAAGGUAAUUGUAAUUUUGACAAGCAUCUGGCCUCGCCUUUGGCAGACUUUGGUUCAGUGGCAUCUUUUGUCAAACCAUCAGGUGACAAAAGUACAUCUCUGAUUUCUGGAGGUAGUGUUAUCAUCUCUGGCUAUAACAAACAAAAGUUAACUCAUAGCAGAUACUUCAGCACUCUAGGAAAAAGCCAUUUUUCAAGUCAGCAGGGUACUUUUGAAGGAUACCUUUCAGGGUCGUCAGCAUAUCCAUGUCAACGUUCUGGUUUAGGACACUUGGCGGUAGCCCUGAGCCAUGGAAAUGAGACUAGUGUGAAACUGCUUGAGAGCAUCAUUGCAUAUCAGCAUGAGCGAGCAGAAUACAGUGGCUCUUCUCAGUUUAAUGUUGCAGAAAUUGUGACAUGCUGUUUACUGGGCUUACCUGAAAGCUAUUCUUGUGUCUCCCUGGGCUUUGUCACAUUAGUAUCACCGGAACAAGCCACAGUUGUCAAACACUUUGAAGACAAACCCCUUCGGAUUCUGCUAAUGGAUGGUGACCUCUCUGAACAAUAUCGUCACUUAGGUUUUAAUAGAUCAUGUAAUGUAAGGACCAUAUUGGAGAGCCCUAGCCUACAGGAAGGCAGAGCAGGAGAUUGGUGGCUAAGCAGUAUGUUAGAUAUUCUGAUAAGCUUUGAAGUAAACAUGGUUUUGGUCAAAGGAAACGUGUGUGAAAACUUAAUGGAAAGGUGUGUAGCAAACAGCAUCUUGGUAAUUGGUUCUGUGACUUGGGAUGUGUUACGUGCCUUUGGCAAGGCCACCAGUGCCCAGCCAGUGACAUACCUCACCCAGCUGAAUGCUGCAUGUGUGGGCAGUGGGGCCCAAGUGGAGCUGUGGAAGGCCUGUGAUGGGCGUGCAGUGGAUCUGGGUGAGCUUGUGCCAGUCAGGGUGAAAGCAGAAGGAACUGGCCUGCUCACAGCUGUACUUUCCACUACUGUGGCUUCGAAGGUGCAGCUCAUUGAAGAUCAGUUCUGGACUUUAGUGUAUCGACUCCAUCAUGCUUUAAAUGACAAGAAGGUUUUUCUUGGUGGUGGUGCAGUGGAGCUCUUGUGCCUUAGUCACAUUCAAAUGCUUGCAGAACAGCCAUCACAGCCAGCCAGCAGAGACAUGGUGAAAGAGUUUCCUAGCCCUUGGCUGGCAGCAGCUGGGGUGGAGUACAGAUCAGUUGUGCUCCAAGCAUUAGCAGGUGGCUGGAAGCACUAUCUUUCAGCUGUUUUGUGCAAUGCUGCAGAAGCUGCAUCUGAGUUGGAAGCCUGCACUGCAAUUGAUCGUCACCUCAAAAAAGCAGCUGACUGUGGCUCUCCCUCAGCCUAUAUACUGCAAGAGUUUAAAAGAGGUGCUUUUGUCAUGGGUGGUUCUGGUCCUUUUGCUGACUGUGGAGAGGGUUUAAAGGUGUAUGAUAAUGUUACAGCCAAGAUGGAAGCAUGGCGGAGAGCUCUAGACUUGGUGCUACUGGUGCUUCAAACAGAUGCUGAAAUUAUCACAGGUCCCAAAAGGAAUCAGCUGUUGAACUCGUAUGAGUCAAGUGAAUUUAUGUUUCUGUAGGACUUGCAGGCUUUAUUUGUAAGUCUAGGAGUCAGUGAAGGAAGUCCAAGUCCAACCUACAUUUCUUCACAGUUUAUAAAGCAAACAUUCAAGUAUGAUCGAUCAGGACUUCAGAGUGCAACACCAGAAAUCAGAACUUGAGAUAGUCACAAGGUAGAUAAAUCUUCCCAUUUCUAGAAAUAAGAGUUAAGAAAUAUCACUUUGGGGCUUACCUCUAACCCCAGCAGUGAGUUUUUAAGUGAUGGUAUUGUCUGGAUGAAUGGAUAAAUCCAGUCAAACUGACUAACCUUACUUAGCAAAGGAGAUGAGCAGUGUUUUUUCAGUGCAACGAAAAGCAUUUUAUUGGGUACAUGGUGAGUCUAAUUAGAAGAAUGCUUGAUACCUUGGAUACACUUAUGUUCUGAACAUGCACUGUCUGUACAAGAUAGUUGGACUUGUGUUCUGUAAAUUCUUGUUUAAUGCCUUCUAAAGUAGGGUGGAGAUUUCUUAAGUACCAUUGGUAUACUUGUGUUCAAUGAAAGAAUAUACAUAAUGUAAUUAAUUUUUCAUUGAUAUCUUCCUCUUAAUUUCUGAAUGUUGCAAAUGUAAGAGUUGCACUUGCAAUAAUUUAUGAGAUUGUCGUAGUAGAUUCUACUUUUCUGUAUUUGUAUGGGCAAUAUGUCUCCUAUUUUCAAAUACAUAUCCUUUGGGAUUUCUCCUGUUGUGACAUAAAUUCGAGCUGAAUCUUCCCUUUGAUGUUUCUACACAAAGUGUUCUUUUACAUUGCCAGUCGCAGUUUUAGAUGAUUUGCUUUGAGCUCUUUUACCUAUACUUGGAGAGGUCAAAACAUUGUGUUUUAGCUGCUGUCUAAAAACUGUAAACAAGUCAAUCGUGGUGAUUGAUGCAAGGCAUUUUUACUGUGCUUCAGCACUUAACAUUUGAGAGCAGAGCCACAGAGAACUGGCACUUUGUUGCAAGACAGGGCUGUGUAACUAUGGAGAUACUGUAUCUGAAUUUGGUGUUCUGAAUCAUACUUGAAGUGACAUGUCUGACCAGGCUGGUGAAAACAGCAUGGAAAAAUAAUGGAAAUUGGGAUACUAAAAUGGAUUCUUGCUUUAGGAACUUUCUCAUUAAAAAGCUAAUGGCUGGCAGUGCUUAUUAAGCACUUCCUCAUGA